CAUUACAUAAAAAUCACUCUAUCCUAUCGAACUCAACCACCGGUUCUCUGCACUAUCUAUUUCUUCCCCAAAACUUGAAUCUUCUCACUCUAAACAUGUCUUCUACCUGUUCUCUCACUGCCCAAGUUCCCAACUUUCACGCUCUUUAUGACUCCACCAGGCGCCCAUCUUCAUCUCUUUGUCAGCUGAAUUCAAAUCCAAACCAAGUUCGUAUGUGGGUUUUGUCUCAGUCCACUUUACAGAAGGUGUGUAAUCGUAGAUCUCUUCGUGUUUCGGCUCUAUUCGGAGGAAAGAAGGAUGGCGACAAAAGCGAUGAUGGUCCUGGAAAGGCUGGAAUACUAGGGAAUAUGCAGAGUUUGUAUGAGACUGUUAAGAAGGCACAAACGGUUGUCCAGGUUGAGGCAGUUCGUGUGCAAAAAGAACUUGCAUUAGCUGAAUUUGAUGGGUACUGUGAGGGCGAGUUGGUGAAGGUAACACUAUCAGGAAACCAGCAACCUAUACGCACUGAAAUCACUGAGACUGCAAUGGAACUGGGAUCAGAGAAGCUUUCACUUUUAAUAACCGAGGCAUACAAGGAUGCACAUCAAAAGAGCAUACUGGCUAUGAAGGAAAGAAUGAGUGAUCUUGCCCAAAGCUUAGGCAUGCCACCUGGCCUCGGCGAUGGAUUCAAGCAAUGAGCCAAUCCUGUUAUUAGGACAUCUAUACAGAGAUUCAGUUUUGUAUACUGGUCGGAAAAUUAAAUUUGUGCUCCAGUCAGAAGUUUAUAAUUAUGGAUUAUGAUUUUAAAGUAGAGCUCAUCCAAAGAUUUGGAAAGCAACACCUCGGUGGACUCAAGAUUAUGAGCUUGAGUACAUUAAUUUGUCCAUUGUUAAUGGAUAUAGGAGCAUUAACUAUUA